GCCGCCGCUCCCGGUACCGAUCCCGAUCCCGCUCCCGGUACCGCUCCCUGCGCAGCCAUGGCCGCCCCGCCGGGCCCCGGCGGCUUCCAGUUCGCCAUCGACCGCGGCGGGACCUUCACGGACGUGUUCGCCCGCUGCCCCGGCGGCCGCGUCCGCGUCCUCAAGCUGCUCUCCGAGGACCCCGCGUACCGCGACGCGCCCACCGAGGGCAUCCGCCGCGUCCUGCAGGAGGAGCUGGGGGUGCCCCUGCCCCGGGAGCAGCCCCUGGACGGGUCCCGGAUCCAGUGGAUCCGCAUGGGCACCACGGUGGCCACCAACGCGCUGCUGCAGCGCCGGGGCGAGCGCGCGGCCCUGGCCGUGACCCGCGGCUUCCGACACCUGCUGCACAUCGGGACACAGGCGCGGCCCCGCCUCUUCGACCUGGAGGUGGCCAUGCCGGACGUGCUGUACGAGGAGGUGAUCGAGGUGGACGAGCGGCUGAUCCCGGAGCAGGAGGAUUGUCACCUGCCCGGGAGUGACACCUGGGACAGGGUACAAGGUGUCUCCGGUGUCACCCUGCUGGUGCAGCGCCCUCUGGACGUGUCGCGGCUCCGCACGGACCUGGAGCGGCUCCUGGCCCGCGGCAUCCGGAGCCUGGCGGUGCUGCUGCUGCACAGCUACGCGUGGCCGGGUCACGAGGAGCAGGUGGGCGCCCUGGCGCUGUCCCUGGGUUUCUCCCAGGUGUCGCUCUCCUCGGCCGUGGCCGGCAUGGCGCGGGCGGUGCCGCGGGGGCUCACGGCCUGCGCCGACGCCUACCUGAGCCCAGGUGUGCGCCGGUACCUGCACGGCUUCUGCCAGGGCUUCCGGGAUGGGCUCAAGGGGGUCCCGGUGCAGUUCAUGCGCUCGGACGGGGGGCUCACGCCCAUGGCCAGCUUCGGGGGGGCCCGGGCCAUCCUGUCGGGCCCGGCCGCGGGGGUCGUGGGCUACGCCCGGACCACCUUCGACCCCCGGGACGGGACCCCCGUGAUCGGCUUCGACAUGGGAGGCACCUCCACGGACGUGAGCCGCUUCGCGGGGCAUUUCGAGCACGUCUUCGAGGCCAGCACGGCCGGGGUCUCCAUCCAGGCCCCGCAGCUCGACAUCAACACCGUGGCGGCCGGGGGGGGGUCCCGCCUCUUCUUCAGGUCCGGGCUCUACGUGGUCGGUCCCGAGUCCGCGGGCGCCCACCCGGGCCCCGCCUGUUACCGCAAGGGCGGUCCCCUGACGGUCACGGACGCCAACCUGGUUCUGGGCCGGCUGCUGCCCGAGUUCUUCCCGCGCAUCUUCGGGCCCGACGAGGACCAGCCGCUCUGUCGCGACACGGCCGCGGCGGCUUUCCGGGAGCUGGCCGCCACCAUCCGCGCCUUCCGGGGACACAGCGGCGGCGACAGCGGCGACAGCGGCGGCGACAGCGGCGGCGACAGCGGCGGCGGCAGCGGCGGCGACAGCGGCGACAGCGGCGGUGACAGCGGCGGUGACGAGCUGUCGGUGGAGGAGGUGGCGCUGGGCUUCAUCCGCGUGGCCAACGAGGCCAUGUGCCGGCCCAUCCGCGCCCUGACGCAGGCGCGGGGACACGACGCGGCGCGACACGUGCUGGCGUGCUUCGGGGGCGCCGGGGGGCAGCACGCGUGUGCCAUCGCCCGCACGCUGGGCAUGGCCCGCGUCUUCAUACACAAGCACAGCGGGCUGCUCUCGGCGCUCGGGCUCGCCCUCGCGGACGCGGUGCAGGAGGAGCAGGAGCCGUGCGCGCUCCCGUACGGCCCGGGCGCGUUCCCGCGGCUCGAGGCGCGCCUCCGCGAGCUGGAGCGGCGCUGCCGGGACGCGCUGAGCGCGCAGGGAUUCGCACCGGCUCAGAUCCGCACGGAGCCGUUCCUGCACCUGCGCUACGAGGGCACCGACUGCGCCCUGAUGGUGUCGGCGCAGGGACACCCGCCCGGCCCGGGCACCUGCGCGGCUGGCGACUUCCUGGCAGCCUUCACCGAGAGGUACCAGCAGGAGUUCGGUUUCACCAUGCCGGGCCGGGCCGUGCUCGUGGACGAUCUGCGGGUCCGGGGCACCGGCAGCACCGAGCCCGUGCCCGAGCGCCCCCUGGCGCCCCGGGGGGAGCCCCCGCGGGUGGAGACGGUGACCCGGUGCUAUUUCGAGGGCGGGUACCGGGACACCCCCGUGUUCCUGCUGGGGGAGCUGGGCUCGGACCACGCCCUGCCCGGGCCGGCCAUCGUCAUCGACACCAACAGCACCAUCGUGGUGGAGCCGGGCUGCGUGGCCCGUGUCACCGCCCUCGGCGACAUCAGCAUCGAGGUGACGGCGGGGACGGCGCCGCCGCUGGGCCCGGCCAUGGAGCCCGUGGCGCUCUCCGUGUUCUCGCACCGCUUCAUGAGCAUCGCAGAGCAGAUGGGGCGCACGCUGCAGCGCACGGCCAUCUCCACCAACAUCAAGGAGCGCCUCGACUUCUCGUGCGCCCUGUUCGGGCCCGACGGGGGGCUCGUGUCCAACGCCCCCCACAUCCCCGUGCACCUGGGCGCCAUGCAGGAGGCCGUGCAGUUCCAGAUCCGUAACCUGGGCCCGGAGCUGAGGGAGGGAGACGUGAUCCUGAGCAACCACCCCAUGGCGGGGGGCAGCCACCUGCCCGACCUGACCGUCAUCACACCUGUGUUCUGGCCAGGUGAGCCCCGCCCCGUGUUCUUCGUGGCCAGCCGCGGGCACCACGCCGACGUGGGCGGCUCCAGCCCGGGGUCGAUGCCGCCGCACUCGCAGAGCCUGGCCCAGGAGGGCGCCGCCUUCGUGUCCUUCAAGCUGGUGACCAACGGGCAGUUCCAGGAGCAAGCUGUCACCGAGGCCCUGCUGGCCCCCGGCGCCGUCCCCGGCUGCUCGGGCACGCGGAACCUGCGGGACAACCUGGCCGACCUGCGGGCACAGGUGGCAGCCAACCAGAAGGGCAUCGGGCUGGUGCGGGAGCUCAUCGGGCAGCACGGGCUGCGGGUGGUGCAGGCCUACAUGGGACACGUGCAGGCCAACGCGGAGGUGGCGGUCAGGGACACGCUGCGGGCGGUGGCCGCGCGCUGGGGGACGUCGCUGUGGGCCGAGGACACGAUGGACGACGGCACCCCCGUGCGGCUCAGGGUGACCCUGGAGCCCAAGGAGGGCAGCGCCGUGUUUGAUUUCGGGGGGACGGGACCCCAAGUUCUGGGGAACUGCAACGCCCCCCGCGCCAUCACCCUGUCGGCGCUGAUCUACUGCCUGCGGUGCCUGGUGGGACACGACAUACCUCUGAACCAGGGCUGCCUGGCCCCGGUGCAGGUGCGGAUCCCCCCGGGCUCCAUCCUUGACCCCGCCCCCGACGCCGCCGUGGUGGGCGGGAACGUGCUGACGUCACAGCGCGUGGUGGACGUGGUGCUGCGCGCGUUCGGCGUCUGCGCCGCCUCCCAGGGCUGCAUGAACAACGUCACCUUCGGCUCCCCUCGCGGCGGGUACUACGAGACCGUGGCCGGGGGCGCGGGGGCCGGGCCCGGCUGGGGGGGCCGCAGCGGGGUCCACACGCACAUGACCAACACGCGCAUCACCGACCCCGAGAUCCUCGAGAGCAGGUACCCGGUGGUGCUGCGGCGCUUCGAGCUCCGGGCGGGCUCGGGGGGGCGCGGGCCGGCACCGGGGGGGGAUGGGGUGGUCCGGGAGCUGCAGUUCCGGGCGCCCACCCAGCUCUCGGUGCUGAGCGAGCGCCCCACCAGGCCCUACGGGAUGGCAGGGGGGCUCCCGGGGGCGCCGGGGCUGAACCUGCUGCUGCGGAGGGACGGGAGAGUGAUCAACCUGGGCGGCAAGAGCUCGGUCUGCGUGGAGCCGGGGGGGAAAACGGUGGAGAAGGGCAGGAAAAACUGA